AUGGCCUCAAGUGUCGAUGCCAAGCUGCUGAAGCAGACCAAGUUCCCUCCGGAGUUCAAUCGGAAGGUAGACAUGACGAAAGUGAACAUCGAGGUUAUGAAGAAAUGGAUCGCCAAACGCAUAUCUGAGAUUUUAGGCAACGAGGAUGAUGUUGUUAUUGAGAUGUGCUUUGGGCACUUGGAGGGACCACGCUAUCCCGAUAUCAAAUCCCUCCAGAUCCAACUAACUGGAUUCCUCGAUAAAGAUACCCCCAAAUUUUGCCAGGAGCUAUGGUCAUUGUGUCUGAGCGGCCAAGAAAACCCACAGGGUGUUCCGAAAGAGCUUCUGGAAGCUAAGAAGCUCGAGCUCAUACAGGAAAAGCUUGAGGCCGAGAAAGCUGCCGAAGCGUCACGCCGACAGAAGGAACAGGAGCAAACCCACGCCAAGAGCGUUCGGAUCGUGGAAGAGCAGGGGGAAGAGGCGGUGGCCGUGGAGGUCGAGAUUUUGACAGGCGAUCUCCCCCUCCUAGAGACCGGGACCAUGGUCGAUACCGCGAAGCUGGGCCCCGGCGUGACUUUGACUCUUACGUUCCGCCUGAUAACCGCCGAGGUCGUCGGCCAUCUGGGACCUCUGCACAAUCUCGCUCUCGAUCCCCGCAACAGUCACCCGCCCGCCGCGACCGCGAUGCGCCCCGCCAACGACACCGUGAACGCCGUCGCCGCUCCCCAAGCAAUUCAGCCUCCCCGGAUCGACGCAGACGUGGAGGACCGCGAAGGCGCAGUCCGGACUACGGUGACCGUGCUAGAUCCAUUACCCGCAGUCAUGCAUCCCGCUCACGUUCCCCCAGAGGAGACCGCCGCAGACGAGACGCCUCUCGUUCCAGAUCUCCCUCUCGCUCCCGCCGUCCAGGAAGAUCCAACAGGACCCGUGACCGCGACCCUCGACGCCUGA